AAGUAAAAUGUAUUUAUUUUAUGAUAUUAAUUUUGUUGACUUCAAAUUCGAUCAGUUUCUCGUUUAUCAGUACUGACAUACUUUGAUGUAAAAUAGGCUCAACGUCAAUUUCAUCAUUUGAACAAUGCCAAUAUUGUGCUCCAGGAAGUAUAAAGACUUUUCAGUAACCGAGGGCUCAAUUUUCUUUACAAAUGUAGUAUAUCAGUCUUAAUAUGCACAAAAAGACAGAAAAACAUUUAAAAAAACCUUUAUUAAUGGCCGAUUCCAUUCGAGCAGCAUUAUAUAAUAUUUUAGAUAAAAUGUGUCAGUCAAAUUUAACAGAUAACUCGGCACUUCAUAUGACCUUUGUUAGAUAGAUAUACGAUACUUGUGAUUUGAGAGAAUGAAAUCCUUGGUGCUAUCGUUACUUUUCACUGUUACAUACAUUUCGACAGUUGCGUGCGCAUGUCAAUCGGGGUGGACAGGAUUCCGUGAUUCAUGCUACCAAUUUAAUGUUGACAAUAAACAGAGCUGGAACGAUGCUAAAAAUGCUUGCCAUAAAGAACAUGCUACUCUAGUCGCCAUAGAAACACAAGAAGAAAGUGAUUUCAUUGCGGAUCAUCUCAAAACCUUGAUUUCUUCUUCAG